AUGACUAGCGUGUACCUUCUGGGCGUUCUUCUAGUUCUUGGGUUGGUACAGGCCAAUCCUUUAACUGCUGACAAUGAUGUGGGAUUUAUUGAAGACAUCAGGGUUUCAAGUGCCAGAAUUGUCGGAGGUAUAGAAGCAGCGGAGGGACAGAUACCUUACCAAGUGCAUUUGAGAACCAUCCGAGCUGAUGGUGGAGUACUCGGUUGUGGAGGUUCAAUCAUACACAAUGAGUGGGUAUUAACAGCUGCUCAUUGCUUGGGCAGUUUUGUGAAGUUCUAUAUUCGUUUCGGUGUAAUCCAUUUGGACAAGCCUCAGCUAAUAUUGGAAGAAGAUGACUCCAACGCUUUUCUCUAUCCAACUUAUAUCGGCGACCUCAUUCAAGUCCAACCAAAUGAUAUUGGUCUUUUAAAAUUGAGCUCAAGCGUGACUUAUGGACCUACAAUUCAACCAAUUCGUUUGCAAAACUCAAAACAAAAGGACAUUGACUACACAGGCAAGAGAUUGAUUGUUAGCGGCUUCGGAUAUACCGACGAAUCCUGGAACGGCGACAGUUCUUCCGACGUCCUUCUUUGGACCUUUGUUCGAGGGUACAGCAAUCAAGACUGUGCCAGAAUUUACCGCUCAGUUAGAGAUUCAACCGUCUGUGCUGAAAGUUACAAUGCUACACAAUCUGCUUGUUACGGAGACAGUGGUGGUCCUUUGACUAAAAUCGACGAAGACGGCCGAGUAACGCAAAUAGGAGUUGUCAGCUUCGGUUCCCGUUUAGGAUGUACCAUUGGACGUCCUACAGGAUACAUUCGUCCUGGAUAUUACCACGAUUGGUUCGAAGAAAUUACUGGAAUCAAAUUUGACUGGGAAAGUUAUGAAUCUAAUAGUAUUAAAGGACAUGAACUGGCAGAGGAAUACUAA